CUCUCAAGUCAAACCCGCCAAUUUUUUUCACCAUCCCUUCCUUGCUUUAUCCAUCUUAAAAGCCUAAUGUUUAAUCUCACUUCUUACUUAUAUAUACAUAUUUGCACACAUUCUACCGCAUGAACCCUAAUUUAAAAUUUCCCCCUAAUAUAUAGAUGCUUUUUGUGGGCUUCAAUGGCGGAAUCGGACAACGAGUCAGGAGGACAAGGAGGGAACACGAGCGAGUUCAGGGAGCAGGACAGGUUCCUGCCGAUAGCGAACGUGAGCAGGAUCAUGAAGAAGGCGCUGCCGGCGAACGCGAAGAUCUCGAAAGAGGCUAAGGAGACGGUGCAGGAGUGUGUGUCGGAGUUCAUAAGCUUCAUAACGGGUGAAGCCUCCGAUAAGUGCCAAAAGGAGAAACGCAAGACCAUCAACGGCGACGAUCUGCUGUGGGCCAUGACUACCCUUGGAUUUGAGGAGUACGUGGAGCCUCUUAAGGUGUAUCUACACAAGUAUCGGGAGAUGGAGGGUGAGAGGACUGCUUUGAUUGGAGGGACUAGGCAGCAUGCUGGUGCUGAUCAGACCAACGACGGUGGUGCUGGUGGUGGUGGCGGGAUUGUGCCAUCACAUAUGAUGAUGAUGAUGGGGCAUCAGCAUCAGUCUCAUGGACACAUGUUUGGAUCUGGUGGAGCGACUGGAUCAGCAUCUUCUCGAAGGAUCACUAGGUAGCUUUAUUCAUUGCGUUUUGAUUCUCCUAAACUUCAUCCGAGGUUAAUAGUUAAGAGUUCGAUAAAUAAUUUGAUAAA